UUUUUUUUUUUUUUAUUUAAAGACGUUUUUUUUACCGAAUCUCUUCUUUGAAUCUCUUCUUUGAAUAAUCAUAAUGACCUACAGCAUUGUUGAUAUUCGUAGAACCGAAAUAUCCAAAAUCUGGCUUAAAAAUUCAAUUAUUAAUGGACUUAAUCAAUCAACGAAAUCCAUUCCAACUAUCGUACUUUAUGAUGAGCUCGGUUUGCAAUAUUUUGAGAAAAUUACUUAUCUUAAAGAAUAUUACCUAACGGAUGCUGAAAUUGAUAUUUUGAAGAAUAAAGCUGACCGAAUUAGUGAUUAUAUACCUGAGGGUAGUUUUGUUAUUGAAUUGGGUUCAGGUGCGUUACGGAAGACAAAACUUAUUCUCGAUGCUAUUGAAAAACAGAAGAAAAAUGUCACUUAUUAUGCGCUCGAUCUUAUGGAAGACGAACUCAAAAGGUCGCUGUCGGCGUUGGGAGAAUAUCAAUAUAUUAAGCUUGUGGGACUUUGGGGGACAUAUGAUGAUGGAAUAGUCUAUACUGCAAAUUUCCCUGAGGACUCACACAAAACUAUAUUGUGGAUGGGCUCUUCAAUUGGAAAUUAUAAUAGGGAUGAAGCUGCAAAUUUUGUUAAAACUAUUCAAGAUAAAGCUAUGAAUCCAGGGGAUUUACUUCUAGUUGGAGUUGACAGACGAAAUAAUCCUGAUAAAAUUACUAUCGCAUAUAAUGAUCCAAGUAGAACUACUGAAGGAUUCAUAAUGAAUGGAUUGAAUCACAUUAAUGCUAUUUUUAAUCAACCUAUAAUUGAUCGUAAUAAUUUCGAAUAUUUUGCAAAAUAUAACGAUAGUCUUGGUAGGCAUGAGGCUUAUUAUAAGAUUAAGAAUGAUACCGCGUUAGAAUUCGAGGCAUCCGAUGAUAACCCUAAGAUAGAAAUUAAAUUAAAAAAAGACGAACUUAUUAACAUAGAAUAUUCAUACAAGUACAGUAAAGCUGAAAUUAGUGAUAUAUUCGAUUUUAGUUUUCUAUCAUAUGUGGAAAGUUGGCCAGAUUCCCAAUCAUGCUAUGACAUCCAUUUAGUCUUUAAACCACCUUUUUACUUUAAAAAAAAAUCUGAUUCAUAUGAAUCAGUACCUACGAUUGAAGAAUGGAAAGAACUUUGGAAAUCUACGGACACAUUGAUGAAUAUGGCUGAUUCAAUUUACGAUAAACCUAUCGAAUAUAGACAUCCAUUUAUUUUUUAUAUUGGGCAUAUUCCUGCAUUUCUUGAUAUUCAUCUUGCACGAUAUUUUAAACAAGAUGUUACUGAACCUCAUAAUUUUGCUACGAUUUUUGAGCGGGGUAUUGAUCCCGAUAUAGAUGAUCCUGAUAUAAAUGAUCCAAAAAAAUGUAACCCACAUUCAAUUGUUCCAGAUAAUUGGCCGGACUUAAAUUCCGUUUUAUCUUUCCGUGAUACAGUGCGUCAAAGACUUAUGGCUGUUUAUAAUGAUCAAAAAAUCAUACCAAGAUCUCUAGGUCGUGUUUUAUGGAUGACAUUUGAACACGAAGUUAUGCACGUAGAAACAUUUCUAUAUAUGUUAAUUCAAUAUAAAAAUGUUAGACUGCCAAAAGGUGUCAUUAUACCUCGAUGGAAACCAUCGUAUGAUCAAGUACCAAAAGCCGAUUUAAUAACGAUUCCAACACAAACCGUUACACUCGGACAUGAUGAUGAUGAAUGUGCAGACGAUACUGAUCCAUUAAGCCUCCCAUUUGGAUGGGACAAUGAGCGACCUUCUAGAAAAGUUACAGUUCAAUCCUUUAAGAUUCAAUCACGCCCUGUUACAAAUGGUGAAUAUCUUUAUUUUAUGAAGACAACAAUUAACAAGGGAUAUCCUUCUUCAUGGAUUCCUGUCGACCCUUCUUUGUUUCAUUAUAAAGUUCGCACUAUUUUUGGACCUGUAGACAUGAAUGUUGCUGUGAAUUGGCCUGUAAUGUUGAGUCAAGAACAAGCAUGCCGUUAUGCUGAAUGGACAAGGAUGAGACUUCCUACUGAAGAAGAAUUGAGAUGUUUUUACGAUUUACAUAAACGCCCAGAUUUUGAGUCGAACGUUGGAUUUUCUUAUUGGCAUCCUACUGAUGUUCCUCAUGAUAAAAAUGUUCAAACUUUGGGAUCUGGUUGGGAGUGGACUUCUACUGAAUGGAAUACAUAUCCUGGAUUUGAAAAAAGCAAAUUAUAUCCUGGGUACUCUUCGGAUUUUUUUGAUGGUAAACAUGCAGUAAUUUUGGGAGGAUCAUGGGCUACACAUCCGAAAAUUAUUCGUCGAUCUUUCAGAAAUUGGUACCAACGAGGAUAUCCUUUUGUAUUCUGUAGCGUCAGAUUAUGUCUAUAAAAUAAAUUGGUUGUGAAACUUGUGAAUACAAGAAGAAAUUUUUAUAAAUAAAAUAUUUUUAUUACAAACUAAAAAAAAAUUUUAACGCUCACCCCAGGUGAAAAUCACCUGGUCAUAUGAUUUUUAAAAUUUAUACAUAUAAAGUAAAACUGAUUUUUUAAUAAAUUAUAUUAACUAAAUUUCUUUACUUUAUUAAAGCAUUAUAAAAUUUGAUAGUUAAAAUGUUGACCAAAAUGGUGAA